CAAUGGAACUCGUAAACACAUGAACAUUGUCUACGAAAAUAUCUUAUCAUUAGUACAAAACAACUUUCCGGGAGAAAGCUGAGGACAACAUGGAGAGAGAAGAAACAGAGCCUCAUGUCCUGAUUUUCCCCUUCCCAGCCUUAGGCCAUGUGAAUCCAAUGCUCAAACUCGCCGAACUUCUUUCCCUCUCCGGCCUCCGAAUCACCUUCCUCAACAUCCACCGCCUUCACCAAAACCUCAUUCUCCACACAAAUCUCCAAUCUCGUUUCUCUCGCUUUCCCCGAUUCCAAUUCCGCAUCAUCACCGACGGCCUUCCAGAAGCCUUCAAUGGCGGCUUACAAAAGUUGUCUGAGUUGACUCGGAGCAUGGAAACCGUAACCAAGCCCCUUCUCCGGCAGAUGCUGCUCUCGGGUCAACUGGGUCCGACUCCGACCUGCAUAAUUCUCGAUGGGUUCUGCAGUUUCAUCGUUGAUUUCGACGCUGAACCUAAGAUCCCCGUUUUCUGUCUCUGCACCGGCAGUGCCUGUUCUUUCUUGACUUAUUCAUCUAUUCCGGGGCUAAUUAAAGAUGGGCAGCUCCCGAUUAAAGGGGAAGAAGAUAUGGACAGGAUGAUCGAAGGCGUGGAUGGGAUGGAAAAUCUUCUCCGGUGCAGAGAUCUUCCGAGAUUCACGCGAGCAGGGGACCAAGCCGAUUGGAUUCUUCAAUACAGUGCGAGCCAGACCAUACGAAGCUCUGAAGCUCACGCUCUCAUAUUGAACACAUUCGAAGAAUUAGAAGGGCCGAUUCUGUCGUGUCUUCGGAGGCGGUGCUCCAAUAUCUACCCAAUCGGGCCUCUCCAUGCCCACCUGAAAUCCAGACUUUCCGGUGAAUCUGCGCCGGAAUCGGAGUCUUCCAACGGCGUUUGGGAGGUGGAUCGGAGCUGCCUGGCGUGGCUCGACGCUCAGCCGCCAAGAUCCGUCGUCUACGUUAGCUUUGGAAGUGUUACGGUCGUGGGAAAUCACGAGUUCAUGGAGUUCUGGCACGGAUUGGUGAAGAGCGGGAGGAGAUUCCUGUGGGUGGUACGGCCCAAUUUGGUGGCCGGAAAAGAUGGGGAGAGUGGGAUUCCGGCGGAGUUGGAGGAGGGUACGAAGGAGAGAGGGUAUAUGGUGGGGUGGGCGCCGCAACAGGAAGUGCUUUCCCACGAAGCAGUUGGAGGGUUUUUGACCCAUUGUGGAUGGAACUCGACGUUGGAGAGCAUAGCGGCGGGCGUGCCGAUGAUCUGCUGGCCGCAGUUCGCAGACCAGCAGACGAAUAGUCGCUAUGUGAGCGAGGUGUGGAAGAUUGGGCUGCACAUGAAGGAUAUGUGCCGCAGAGAAACAGUUGCCAAGAUGGUGAAUGAUCUGAUGCAAAAUAGGACAGAAGAAUUGAUGGGAUUUGUGAGUGAGACUGCAAAAUUGGCUGCAAUAAGCGUGGGAGAAGGUGGGUCGUCUUCCUGUAAUUUGGAGCGUAUGAUCAAUGACAUUAGAUUGCUGAAUCGAGGGUGGAGAAUUAGUGCAAAUGUGUGAUAGUUUAUUUGUUAAUGUUUUCAUAUUUUUAUGAAUUAUGCUUAGUAGUUAAUUUAAUGGGUGGUAAUUAACUAACUAGUAGAUGACUGGAUGUGUAUGCAGGGAGAAUUUGUAGGUUGGUGGCUUAGUGCAGGUGUGGUGUUGGUUUAGAGAGAAUUUGAUGGGUAGUAGGUUAGUGGUCCGUUGUUUACUUUUCCUAUAAAUAUUUGUAACAAUUCUCAAUUGAGUGAAUAGAAGCUCUACCUUUUGUACACUUUUUCAAUUA